AUGUUUUCUUGGGUGUUGAGCUGUUUGUCCAUGCUGGGGGCCGCGGGCACUGCUCUCCUGUGUGCCGUUCUGCUGCUUGCCCUGGCCCAACACCUCUGGACCCUCCGCUGGACGCUGAGUCGGGAUCGGGCCUCAGCCUUGCCCCUACCCAAGGGCUCCAUGGGCUGGCCAUUCUUCGGUGAAACGCUGCACUGGUUGGUUCAGGGCUCUCGUUUCCACAGUUCCCGCCGCGAGCGCUACGGGACAGUGUUUAAGACGCACCUUCUGGGCAGGCCAGUGAUCCGCGUGAGCGGCGCGGAGAACGUGCGUACCAUCUUGCUGGGCGAGCACCGCCUGGUGCGUAGCCAGUGGCCUCAGAGCGCGCACAUUCUGCUAGGUUCACACACACUCCUCGGCGCGGUUGGCGAGCCCCAUCGGCAACGGCGUAAGGUCCUGGCGCGCGUGUUCAGUCGCCCGGCUCUGGAGCAAUUUGUGCCACGGCUGCAGGGGGCGCUGCGGAGAGAGGUGCGCUCCUGGUGCGCUGACCGAGGACCGGUAGCUGUCUACCGGGCGGCCAAAGCGCUCACCUUCCGCAUGGCCGCGCGCAUCCUCCUGGGUCUGCAGCUGGAUGAAGCACGAUGCACCGAGCUGGCUCAGACCUUUGAGCAGCUAGUGGAGAACCUCUUCUCACUGCCCCUGGACGUGCCUUUCAGCGGCCUGCGCAAGGGCAUCCGGGCCAGGGACCAAUUAUAUCGGCACCUGGAUGAGGCCAUUGCUCAGAAGCUUCAUGAGGAGCAGGCAGCAGAGCCAGGUGAUGCCCUGCACCUGAUCAUUAACAGCGCUAGGGAGCUGGGCCAUGAGCUCUCUGUGCAAGAGCUGAAGGAGUCCGCUGUGGAGCUCCUCUUCGCGGCCUUCUUCACUACGGCCAGUGCCAGCACGUCGCUCAUACUGUUGCUUCUGCAGCACCCGGCAGCAAUCGCCAAGAUCCAACAGGAGCUGUCAGCACAGGGGCUGGGGCAUGCGUGCAGCUGCGCACCCCUGGCCACGGGGCCCAGACCUGACUGCAGCUGUGAGCCCGACCUUAGCCUGGCUGCACUGGGCCGCCUGCGCUAUGUUGAUUGCGUAGUCAAGGAGGUGCUUCGCCUCCUACCGCCUGUGUCUGGGGGCUACCGCACUGUGCUGCGAACCUUUGAGCUGGACGGUUACCAGAUUCCCAAAGGCUGGAGCGUGAUGUAUAGCAUCCGAGACACCCACGAGACAGCUGCUGUGUACCGUAGCCCGCCUGAGGGCUUCGACCCGGAGCGCUUUGGCGUGGAGAGUGAGGACUCGCGGGGCUCCUGUGGCCGCUUUCAUUACAUCCCGUUCGGUGGCGGCGCGCGCAGCUGCCUGGGCCAGAAGCUAGCGCAGGCGGUGCUGCAGCUGCUGGCCGUGGAACUGGUGCGCACGGCGCGCUGGGAACUGGCUACACCUGCCUUCCCGGUCAUGCAGACGGUGCCCAUCCUGCACCCAGUGGACGGGCUGCUACUCUUUUUUCAUCCUCUCCUGACUUUGGGUGCGGGGGAUGGGUUACACCCCUGA